GAUCCAGAACCCCUACAAGAGAGCUUGGAGCUCAGAAACGCCCCAAGUAGCUCUUCGAUGAGACCAGAACGCCCCUCAUCCCACCAUUCAUCUAGUUCAGCGGACCAGUCCUCCCCACAAUCAGAGGCUAAACCCCGGCGUAGUGCUACGCCUGAUAGUGCAGCCGCAUCCGGUGACGUUUCGAAGAUAGCAAAAUCGAGUCUCGCCACCUUGGGGAACCAUCAUGCCAGCUCGUCGAGAGAUAGCAACACCAACAACGUAGAAUCCUCGAAAAGCAAUGCUGAUAAUGAUUCGAAAUAUCUAGGUACCGGAAAAGGCAGCAUAUCGACAGAUAUCAACAACCGCACGAGCUCCACCACAAGUAAACGAACUGCAAAUGAACCGGUUGAACAGCCUUGGAAAGCGCACGUAUUGCAGAGUAAUAGAUCAAACUCUCCUGCACGGUCGCCUCCACGGGCUAAUGCUUUGACGUCGAAACAGACAACGGCGGACAAGUCUGUUAUUCCAAAGCUCGCUGAACCGGAGAUAGUGCCAUCCGAAUCUUCUUCAAACCUCGAUCCUAACUCUUCACUAUCCAUGGAAUCUGCCGCGUCAAGUCAUCUUACGUCACAAUCUGCUCGGCCUAGAAGCCCAGUCCUAUCGCCACAACCGAGAUCGCUCUUGCAAGCUGCGACUAACUCCAGACGAGACAGGUCACCUGUGAUCAAUCGAAAUGGCUCUCCAUACGCACAGAGCAUCUCGCCCGUACCUGGGCAAGUCUCGGAAUCCGGCAGCGGCAUCAUGUCAUCUCGUAGCCCAGUUCAAUCGCCUGCGGCAUCUCCUUCCGCUGAAAUCACAAACCCUCUUUCACCUCGGUCCAACACUACCUCAUUACCUGUGAAGGUUGACGAG